UCAGGGGGAAAAAAAAAAAAAAAACAUUUGUUGCAGCUGAAGUUUUCCAUCAUCGCCAUCUUCUUCCUUUCUCCGAUCUGUAUCUACUCUUUGUCUGAAGGUGAAACCCUAACGCUAGAUCCAGUGGAAUUGUCUCCGGUUUGUCGCCUAGGAAGCAAGCAGGCCUGCAUUUUCCCGGAAAAUGUCGCACUCCCACAGCGACACGGUCCCUCUUCACGCCUCCUCCCAGUCUGACAUCGACGAGAUCGAGAACCUCAUCAACGCCAGCGUCCACUCCGGCCCGGCCACCGUCCUCCCGGCCCGUCCCCCCAGCCCCCCGCGGGCCCAAAUCCCCGUCUCCUCCUCGCCCUUCAUCCCCUCUAACAUCCCUCCCCCUCCCCUCACCUCCAUCCAGAAGCCGACCCCCGUCCCUGCCGCCCCCGCCCCUCCGCCGCCUCCUGUCAGCUCAGCCAAUCCCAACAACCCGACCAUCUCGACCAGCGGGUUUGGCUCCGGCCCGAACACGCUGACCGAGCCGGUAUGGGACACGGUGAAGCGAGAUCUGUCUAGGAUAGUGAGCAAUCUGAAGCUCGUCGUGUUCCCGAACCCUUACCGUGAAGAUCCAGGCAAGGCUCUCCGGGAUUGGGAUCUCUGGGGCCCCUUUUUCUUCAUUGUGUUCCUUGGGCUUACUCUUUCCUGGUCUGCCUCAGUGAAAAAGAGUGAGGUUUUCGCAGUUGCAUUUGCAGUUCUUGCAGCGGGUGCGGUGAUUCUCACUCUUAAUGUGUUGUUACUGGGCGGGCAGAUAAUUUUCUUCCAGAGUCUGAGCCUUCUUGGCUACUGCCUCUUCCCACUCGAUGUCGGAGCUGUAAUCUGUCUGCUGAAGGAUAAUGUGAUCCUGAAAGUCAUUGUGGUGUGCGUGACACUUGCUUGGAGUUCUUGGGCUGCAUACCCCUUCAUGAGCUCAGCAGUCAACCCGAGGAGGAAAGCUCUAGCGCUCUACCCGGUCUUUCUUAUGUAUGUAUCAGUUGGCUUCCUCAUCAUCGCCAUUGACUGAUGAACUGUGUGGAUCAGUAGAUAGUUGCCAUCUCGGAUUGAACCGCAUAUAAAGCAAUUGAAAUCUCUUACAAGAGUGCAGUUAUGUAGAAAAUCCUCUUGCUUUUUACUCUCAUCUUCUUGUAAGCUUUUCGACGCAUAGUUGGAGUUAUACAUGUAUGGACUACGGUAUCAUAUCGUGAAUUGUACCAAAGUUUUGGUGAUGAUAACUUGAAUACUUUAAUUUUAGCACGUGAGAGUUCGUAUU